UCGGGGACAGGCCAGUUGUGCAAGCUGAGAUUCUGCAUGGUGCGCACAAUCAUCCGAAGAACGUAAUGCUCAGUGGUGGAGGAGACUCGGUCUAAGCGGGCGAGCCGAAAGAGGCCCCGGUCCUGCGCAUCCUGGGCGAGGAGGGAGGGGGGACAGUGGGAGUCCUCUUUGGGCCAACAGUUGUCAUGGGCAAUUCGGGGAAGGAUCGGUCGAAAGAGAUCGAAGUGGGGAUCGAGGGGGUCGGGAGGUGAUGCUAUUCCCAGCGGGUGGGAUGGGAAUAGACUCUCCGUGAGCAGUUCUUCAGCCGCCUAGAAAUCGAGAAAUCAAAUGUGCCGACAUUUCACCUUCCUUCCAUCAGAAUCUCCCCGGUCUGCGAUCUCGCGGUGAAUCUUCUCCGGGGGGACCUCGAUGUCAUGAUUUCCCAGGGAAUAAUCGCAGCUGCUGCAGUAAGCCUGGAUCUGCCGGGAUUUCCAUAAGCAUCUCUCGACUCCAGAUAUAUAGUGACGAUGUGGCCUUAUGUUCGCACUGAGGCGAUGAGAAAGGAUCGCCUCUGAAACCGUCGGCAUCCCAACCUCAUCUCGGCUCCAUUGCUCCCAGAGGUCGAGCGGCAAGGAAGGGAGGCAGGAGGGAGACAUGGCUCCCAGUAAGGGAAGAGAUCUGGCUCCGCUUAGAGAUAUGGGAAGAGAUUUGCCUCAGCUCCGUAGAGAAUCGGCUCCGAUUAAGGGCAGAGCCAUGAACAGGAAAAGCUCGGGCUGGAUGGGUACAUCGUGGAGAACCCUGCUGCUGGGUCUCAUCUUCCUAGUGCUGGCAGCCACCACUCUCAUGAUCUCUCAAGUAUUCGAUGAUAAACUCCAUCCGGCGCAAAUUGUGAAGGGGCUGCCUUUCACGACAAAAAUCAUGCCGCAGCAGCGCAUCCUCGAGGACACGACCAAGGUGCUGCCCCACAGCUCGGGGCUGCUGUCGGUGCGCGACAUCGUGGCGUUCCCCGACGAGGUGAUGCUGCUGGUGCGCACGGUGUACCGCGCGCCCAUCCCGCGCAAGAGCGCGCUCAUGUGCAUGUUCGGCAAGAAGGAGCGCACGGGCAUCUACACCAUCGAGUGGAAGGACGAGUCGCGCACGCUGCUGGCUGUGCGCUGCGAGCACCCGACCAUGGCGCUGAACCGGUCCAAGGACGCCACGCUAGUGUUCAGCCACAGCAACAUCGUCUUGCCCACGGCGGCGCAGUACCUGAGCAACUCGUCCUGGAAGCCGCUGGUGUACGAGACGCUGACGCUGGCCGACAGCGUGCUGCUCUUCGCCAAGGGCCUGGUGGACAGCCAGGGCCGGCCCAACAACCACUCCAAGGAGCUGCACAAGCUGCACUGCAGCUUCGGGCAGUCGGAGCACGGCGGCGCGCUGGUCCAGACGGCCGUCAAAGUGAUCGCGCAGGAGGUGGUGCGCUGCGCGCUGCCUCCGCCCAACGUCAUCCAGCAGCUCAAGGGCAUGCCCGUGAGCCUGUUCGUGCCCAAGAUCGGCGCGCUGCGCUCCGUGGCCUACUUCGACAUCCCGGCCUCGGUGACGCGCCCGCGCCCGGCCAGCCCCGGCCGCAAGCGCUUCUUCGUGUGCGCCUGCACCAUGCUCUGGAACCAGGCGCACUUCCUGACCGAGUGGAUCAUGUACCACGGCUUCCUGGGCAUCGAGAAGUGGUUCCUCUACGACAACAACAGCGACGACAACAUCGACGAGGUUCUCGACGGCCUCGCGGCCGACUACAACGUGAGCCGCAUCGCCUGGCCCUGGAUCAAAACCCAGGAGGCCGGCUUCUCGCACUGCGCCCUGCGGGCCAAGGCCGACUGCGAGUGGGUGCUCUUCGCCGACGUGGACGAGUUCGUGUACCCGACGCUGGACCUGCAGCAGCUGCUGGCGCGCACGAGCCACGCCCGGACGGUGGCCGGCAAGGGCAAGAAGUCGUCGACGGCGGCGCUGAAGAAGGUGGUGCCGACGCUGGAGUCCAUGACGCACUAUCUCAAGCGGCACAACACGUCCAUCGUCCGGAACCUGAUCGAGCGGACGCUGCAGCGCGCCUCGCACGAGAAGCGCAAGGUGGGCGAGGUGCGCCUGGUCUGCCACAACUUCGGCCCGUCGCAUCUGAAGGCCGCGCCCCAGGACGGCGUCACGGUGGGCUACACCUGCCGCAUGAAAUGGCCGCAGCGGCACAAGUCCUUCGUGCUGCUGGACGCACUCAGCGACACGCUGCUCAACGUGGUGCACCACUUCCGCCUGGCCGACGGCUACAAGGAGAUGGCCGUGCACGCGCGCGUGGCCGUGAUCAACCAUUACAAGUACCAGGCGUGGGAGGUGUUCAAGGCCAAAUUCGUCCGCCGGGUGGCCACGUACGUGGUGGAUUGGCGCCAGCAGACCGCGUUGUCCAACGACCGGGCGCCCGGCUUGGGCACCGAGGCCGUGGAGCCGCCGGACUGGCCUUCCCGCUACUGCGAAGAACAGGACCACGGGCUUCGGAAUUUCACUUUGAAGUACUUCAGAACGCCCGCGGUCGAGCAGAAAAUGCUGUGGCAGAAGCGCGCGCUGCCGGUAGCGCGGGAGUAGGAGCGGACGAAGAACGACGAAUGAACCGAGGAGGAAGAAUCCACGAGAAAUCGAAACUGACUGAUCGUUGAAUUUGAUCAUUUUCCCGGACCGUUCCACGGCGUAGAAAGUUCCUGGCAGGUCCACCUGUAAAUUACACACACCAUCAUGAUGACGAAGACGACGAUAUUCUGACACCGGAGUGAAGAAGAAGAAGAAGAUGAAGAUGAAGGGAGGCAGGCAGGCAGGCAGGGCUUAAGGAUUCAGAGCAGCGCAUGCUUGACAACUGAUGGAUUAUUUUUUUUUGGUUGUAAUAUAUAAGAGACAUCAGUGAGAAGUAGCAGCAUCAGCGGCAUUCAUUCAUCAUAGCUAGAUAGCACCCGCUGGUGGAGAGGCUCGCUUAAUUUUCUUGCCUGCUUAUCAGUUCCAUUGUGGCGGCAGUUCCAGUUAAUUGUAGAUAUGUAUGCAAGCCAUUGAAUCGCAGCAGUUGUCUUUCUUAAUAGUAGUAAUCACUUUCGACCCUCCCGAUUCCAAGUGAAACAUUGUCCUUUUGGAUUCAUGCCCGAAUAAUUUAUCUAUACGUGGAACUCCGCCACUGCUCAUUCCAUCAUUCCUCUCGUGAGCUUUUUCCCCAGCUUACUCACUCCAUCGGUCGACUUCCGAUUUCUUUGUUCUGCUCCUUGCUUCUCUUCUCCUUACAACGUUUGAGUUCAGAACCUCUAUGUUGGCUUAAACCGCGUGCCAGAAGCAGCCGCAGCGGCUCAAAGUACCUCCGUACGUGCAUGACCGAGCUAGCAGG